AUGGACGGAGUCAUGAAAACCUACUUCAAGGAGCGGGUGAAGUAUCUCCGUGGUUCUCGAAAGAUGCCAAAGCAAGCAGACGACAUACUGAAAUUUGAUGCUAUGCAGCAGUCGAUCGGCUGCUGUGGGAUUUUCAAUUACACUGACUGGAGUUUCAUCAAGCAACCGCCAACUUUCCCGCCUGAAGAAUUGGAGUAAGUGCUUCUUGCCAGGUACCCUACAAAUAAUUUGGGGAGUCAGCUUUUGUCCGGAGUGUCAGAUUUACUGUGAUCGCUCUGAUUCCGCCGGGAGGGAGGCUCACGCAAGAAUGGCAACAUGCAAAUUUAAAAAUGCUGAAUGUGGACUGAAUCAUAGGCGAUGUGUGUCAGGUAGAAGUAUCGACCAAUGCAGAACACUCUCUCAUUUAUCUGUUGUCCACGUAGUUAACGGGCACUGUACUACAGGGGGUUUGGGUCCGUAAAUUUGGGACACUAUUCACUUAACAAUGUGAACCAACGGAGUUGCAAAUCUUCACAGGUAGGCUUAAUCCUUAGUGCGCUAGACAUGUGGCAUUUAUCAUCCUCCGUGAGGUUCCUCGAACGUUGUGCUUCCUGACUAGACGAGUGAGCCCAUAUGGCAAUUUCGAACUCCAUACAUCUUACGGUCGGAGAUGUCUCUUAUUUAUUCAAAAUCCGACCCUUGUUUUCGUGGCUAUGCCAGAGCGUUGCGUCACAACAAAACAUGAUAUUCAAGAUGUACGGGCGGUGGAGACUGAGGGCCGGAAUGGCCAUUUAAAUAUUUUGACCAUUGUUUGCCAGUCAGUCCGCAUUCUGAGGCUGGAAGCACCUAUGAGAGUGGAGUUGACCUUAUGAUUGAGUUGAACGUCUUGCCAGUUGGUCCAGGAUCUGGGAAUCUGUUGAUUACAACAGAAAAUAUUCAAAAUCGAGCGGAAUUGGCGUUCACCAGAGUGCGAGUGCUUUAGAUCGGAAAUCCAAGGUAAAAGGAAUGUCCUACCACGAGGAGAUAUGGCUCUGUGCCAUUCCCACGGAAUUUGGCUUUGCAAAACUUCAAGAUUUGAAUAUGCAUCUCUUGACAAAAAUGGCACCUUUUUUUCACGGGGAUAAAUAGGACUCGAGUGAUUCUACCAAAUAAGUUGGCUCGGGGCAUCAGUUGUUGGGUUGAUGCGGAGCUUUUAGAAGUAUACAGGUAGUCCACAUUGGUUGAGUGGAACCAAUUCUUAUAUUCACAAAAAUUAUAUCUCGAACAAAAAUGAUACAACGCAACCACUCAGUGUCUAGAAGUCCCUACCCGUCUGAUUGGUUUGUCACUUUCUCAUCUCAAAAACACGGAGUAGCGUUCGAACCAAUUGAGAUUCAGUGUGCAUUGGAUGUAGUGAAGCCCAGUGCGAAACCUAGUAAGAAAACGAUUAUCCCUGUCAGCCUUCAUUGCACCGAACUACUUCUGUCUGUGAAUGCCGACCAGGGUCGCAUGAUCUCUCGUCCACUAGACUAGACGUGGAUGGGUGAUGAGGAGCAGUACUUGAAUUUGAAAUGCGGACGGAGUCAUACAAGAAUGUUGACAGUUGCCUUAAGACUUCUUUCACGGGGGGAGGAAGUUUUUGACUACAGACAAGCGUACGCAAGUCCUUGAAUCGAACGUAUCUGAAAUUGCAAUCAUUCAGCUGAACAAACAAGGCAUGCGAUGUUCUGAUGAGUAAUCCGCAACCACACUAACGUAUGUCUUCAUCAACUUUCUUAGGUACCCCGUGUGUUGCUACGUGUCUACCCUGGUCGUCAUCACCUCUCAGAUCGGCAUGUUAUAACAAUUGAAUACCAUUUUAACUUCGAGAUGGGGGAACAUUUGUGUUAGGACAGUAGCUGCGGAGAAAGGAAUUUCAUAUUUGUCUUGGCGCUCCACAAGACGAAACAGUUAUCUUUUGUUGGCCUUCAGACUUUUUCAGGGCUCGCCGAUAGACACAAGCGAGAAUCAAAGUGUCCCAUUCGCCUGUUGCAUGUGGCACAGCGAAGUGGCCAACAAAACCGAGCCAGCUGCCUGCAACCACUACCUCGCCACGUCCACCGACAUACACCUGGUGGGCUGUUUCGAUUUCAUCUUCUACCUCACAGUGUACGUCUGGCUCGGUCUGCACCUUCUGCUCCUCGCCCCACCUACACUGCUGUUAGUAAGUGGGACAUCGCUCCUCCCUCCUCCCCCAAGCUUCUAUGCCCUGUAA